AAGCUUGAUCUUCUACCUUGCUUGGGUAUCUUCAUUCAAUGUCGGACACAUAUGAUGAUUCCGAACUUUUCACUAUUCUUCGAGAAUAUGCCGCAAUCGUUCCAGUAUCCCGAAUUCGUUUUCCUUACUCCAGUUCGAAAGACACCUUACACGAUUUUCUUCUUCAGUCUAUUAUUCUUAAUCCACAUUUCCAGAAGUAUCCCCCUUCCAAACAAUACCAAAAGUCCUUCUGGAAAUGUGUCGUCCAGCACUUGGAGCUGGACGUCGAAAUCGAUACUCGAAUAUUAAGCAUCUUGACAGAAACAUUCACCUCUACAUCGUUACGCGGUAUUUCAGUCCCGUUACCUCCUUCCCCAUCCUACGUAACAUACUACUGGAGACUUGAUGCUCCGCUCCCCAGUAACAAAACACCGGCAUCUCUUGAGUGCUUCAGAACUACUCUUCUUGAAUCCGGGAGCAUGAUAGAAAGUGGUACGACAGGACUUCGGACAUGGCUCGCGAGCUUGCACCUCGCUGACUAUAUCAUAUCGAAUCCUGAAUGGGUUCGUGAUACACGCGUCUUAGAACUGGGAUCGGGGAUUGGGUUUCUAGGAAUGAUCAUUGGGAGCGUACAGAUACUCGUGGACUCACCGACAGAUAUACCACCAGGAGAUGCGCUAAGGCCGAAGCUGCAUUUAACCGACGUAGACAGUGAGGUCAUUGCUAGAUGUAUCAGCAAUAUUAGAUUGCCAUGCAAUAUGACUGCUAGUAUCCGCCACCGUCAAAAUAUCAGUGUGAGUGUGUUGGAUUGGUCAGACGCGUUGCGUCCAGAUAUUUCGGCCUUUAAAGCGAAGAUCCAACAAGACAUCAAUGCCGAUUUAAUAAUCGGCGCAGAUAUUGUCUUUGAUCCCAGUCUCAUCCCGGCUUUGAUGGCGACGCUCUCGCUUGCAUUAGACGCUGGAUCUGAAAGCCGUUCCAAAGUAGCUCUCAUUGCGUUGACCGUACGCAACGAAGCCACAUAUGCGACCUUCCGCGCAACGGCUCAAAAAUAUAAUCUUGCUAUCUUCGACAUCGAGAACCCUACAACAGGCAGUCUCUUCCUCAAUAGCGUAGAUCGAGGUGCCGAACAAAAAGAUGAUGUGAAAAUCAUGAAAAUUACUGUACAAUGA